UAACGCAUUUCCUGACAGUAGAUAAACAUGAACGCCCUGUUGGUGUUAUAGAAGCUCUUAAGAGACGAAACAUAGACAGAAUUAUGACACAAAACCAUGUGUCAGGGAUGGAGACAUCCGCCAUCUCCGUCCUGAAGCGGGCGGUGGAGCUGGACAACAGCAGCCGCUUCCAGGAGUCUCUGGUCUGCUACCAGGAGGGCAUCCAGCUGCUCAUGGACGUGUUGAAAGCUGUGAAAGAUGACUCAAAGAGAGGGCACUACAGGGAGAAGAUAAAGGGCUACAUGGACAGAGCAGAGCAGAUCAAAGCUCAUGUGAACCAGCUGAAAGAAGAUGGAAAGUACCAUGAGCAGAUUAGAAUAGCGGAGGAUGCUACUGGUUACAGCUACGAGGUGCUUUUCAAGCCGUAUAUAGGCAGUUUACUCACAGAGGUCUGGGUGGAGGAUCCGUACAUACGACACAUCCACCAACUGUACAACUUCCUGCGGUUCUGUGAGAUGCUGCUGAAAGCGCCCUGCAAGGUGAAGAAGAUCCAUCUCCUCACUUCACAAGACGAAGCGGACAGCAGCCAGCAGACCAGCGCUCUGGCUGAGCUGAAAGAGAGUCUGAGUGCUCAGGGAGUGACUCUGGAUGUGCAGUACUCCUCCUCUAUACAUGACAGGGAGAUCAGGUUCAACAAUGGAUGGAUCAUCAAGAUAGGAAGAGGGCUUGAUUAUUUUAAGAGACCAAAAGGACGAUUCUCCAUUGGAUAUUGUGACUAUGACCUCAGGCAGUGCCACGAAACCAGCGUAGACAUUUUUCACACCAAACACACAAAAACACUAUGAGAUAAUUUAUAAAGCUCGACUUCCUUCCUGCUCUCAAAACACACAGUAACGUCUGCUGUGUUGUUGGGUUUGCCUUAACACACAGGUGCAUGUGAUCAGCCUAAUGACAGCUGUGUAACUGAGCACUGUGCUUAUUGUCACACUGGCAUGUCUUUAAUUACAACCAACUGUGUGAUUCUCUUACUGGACAUUUCUUCAGACUAAUUCUUCUUUGUGUCUGUCUUUCUUCACUUUAAUUUUUUGAUUCAAUGACUUUUUAGGUAACUUUUUUUUUAACUUUUCUAUUGAUAUUAUGCUUAAAAAUACAUUAACUAUUUAAAUGAUAUUAAA